UAGUGACGCGUAUUGCCCGGAGGAUGGCGGACGCCGGCUUACCCCGCGUGGUUCCCAGCGACCUGUAUCCCCUCGUGCUCGGCUUUCUGCGCGAUAACCAACUCUCGGAGGUGGCCAAUAAGUUCGCCAAGGCAACAGGCGCUACCCAGCAGGAUGCUAAUGCCUCUUCCCUCUUGGACAUCUAUAGCUUCUGGCUCAAGUCCACCAAGGCUCCAAAACGGAAAUUACAAGCAAAUGGACCAGUGACUAAGAAGGCUAAAAAGAAGACUUCAUCCAGUGAUAGCAGUGAAGACAGCAGUGAGGAGGAGAAAGCCCAAGGGCCUCCAGCUAAGAAAGUUGCUGUACCUGCCAAGCGUGCCAGUCUACCUCAGCUUCCUGGAAAGGCUUCAGCCAGUGCAUCAGAGAGCAGCAGCAGUGAAGAAUCCAGUGAUGAGGAGGAGGAAGAGGAGGACAAAAAGAAAAAGCCUGUCCAGAAGGGAGUUAAGCCCCAAACCAAGGCGGUCAAAACUCCUCCUAAGAAGGCCGAGAGCUCUGAUUCUGAUUCUGACUCAAGCUCAGAGGAUGAGGCACCAAAAAGCCAGAAGCCAAAGGCAACACCUGUGGCAGCUAAAGCUCAGGCCAAAGCCCCAGCCAAACCAGGCACACCCACUCGAGCAGCACCUAAAGUAGCUAAUGGCAAAGCAGCUAGCAGUAGCAGCAGCAGCAGCAGCAGCAGUAGCAGCAGCGAUGACUCAGAGGAGGAGAAGGCAGCAGCCAUCUCUAAGAAGACUGUGCCUAAAAAGCAAGUAGCGGCCAAGGCUCCAGUGAAAGCAGCUGCCACCCCUACCCAAAAGAGUUCCAGCAGUGAGGACUCCUCGAGUGAGGAGGAGGAGGAGGAAGAGGAGCAGAAAAAGCCCAUGAAGAAAAAACCAGGUCCAUAUAGUUCAGUCCCCCCGCCUUCUGCUCCCCCACCCAAAAAGUCCCUGGGAACCCAGGCUCCCAAGAAAGCUGCAGAGAAGAAACAGCCUGAAGAGAGCAGUGACGACAGCAGUGAUGAAUCUGAUUCAAGUUCUGAAGAAGAAAAGAAGCCGCCAGCUAAGCCAGUCAUCUCUAAAGCAGCCACUAAACCAGCUCCAGCAAAGAAGGCAGCAGAGAGCUCUUCCGACAGCUCAGACUCUGACAGUUCUGAGGAAGAAGCUCCUGCCAAGCCAGCCAGUGCCACCAAAAAUCCCUCAAGUAGGCCAGCUACCACUCCCAAGCAGCCUGCAGCUAAGACAGCCGCAGCUCCCAAGCAGCCUGCAGCUAAGACAGCCGCAGCUCCCAAGCAGCCUGCAGCUAAGACAGCCGCAGUUCCCAAGCAGCCUGCAGGCAGUGGCCAGAAGCCUCUGACCAGAAAGGCUGAUAGCAGCUCCAGUGAGGAGGAGAGCAGUUCUAGUGAGGAGGAGGAGGUGGGGAAGGCAAAGAAGACAGUGACCACCCCUAAGGCCAAGGUGAUGGCCAAAGCAGCGCUAUCUUUGCCUGUCAAACAGGCCUCUCAGGGUGGUGGGGAUAGCAGCUCUGAGUCAGACAGCUCUAGCAGUGAGGAAGAGGAGGAAGAGAAGGCAUCUAAGCCCCCAGCUAAAAAGAAGCCACAGAAGACAGCAGGAGCUGUAGCCCCUUCCAAGCCAGCCUCCACAAAGACAGUAAAGGCCAAGAGCAGCAGCAGUUCUUCAGAUGACUCCAGUGAAGAAGAGGAGGAGGAGGAGGAGCCCAAGGGCAAGGGUACUCCUAGACCACAAGCCCUCAAAACCAAUGGCACCGUUACACCCACUGCCCAGAAUGGGAAAGCAGAUAGGAACAGCAACAAGGAGGAGGAAGGAAAGACAAAGGCAGCAGUAGCAGUUUCUAAGCCAGGUUUAGGAAAGAAACGAAAGCAGAAUGAGGCUGCCACGGCGGCAGAGACUCCUCCAGUCAAGAAGAUAAACCCUCAGACCCCUAACACAUUUCCAAAAAGGAAGAAAGCAGAAAAAAGGGCAUCAUCCCCAUUCCGAAGGAUCAGAGAGGAGGAAAUUGAGGUGGAUGCUCGAGUUGCAGACAACUCCUUUGAUGCCAAGCGAGGUGCAGCCGGAGACUGGGGGGAACGAGCCAAUCAGGUCCUGAAGUUCACCAAAGGCAAAUCCUUCCGGCACGAGAAGACCAAGAAGAAGCGGGGCAGUUACAGGGGAGGCUCCAUCUCUGUCCAGGUUAAUUCAAUUAAGUUUGACAGCGAGUGACCUGGGGUGAUCCUAGCAAAGCAAGGGUGAUGAUCCAAGACUAUUUACUUUACAGUGGACCUAGGAGCUCUCAGCUCUAUUAGCGGGGAGGUAUGGGUGAGGACAGCAGCCUAGAUAGGUCCGAAGACAUUGUCGGAACAUCCUCUCUGGUCCUUUUCUGUGUUUGUAGUUUUGUACAGACUUGUAUGUGAGUGUUGAGUAGCAAGGGGAAUGUUCUUUUUAAAUAAAAAUUAGUUUUAGUUGUCAUUCCCUCUCCCUAUUCUGUGGAAGUCCUCAUGCUGAGAAAUUUGUAUAUUUUCUAUUGAUUUUUGUUGUGAUUUUCAGAGGUGUGUUCCCAUAGAUAAAAGCUAUUGCCCAAGGCAUAGUAAAGGUUACAUGUGUGAAUUUUUAUAAUUGAAGAAUUCUGCCUAUGUGAGUGCACAUGUCCACAUUUCAUCCGUCCUAUCACUCAGCCCUGGUGAGGGCAGUUGAGAAUGGUUAAUGUAUAUGUCUGUUAAGCAUGCACUAUGUAGUUCUUCCUCAUUCAUGCGGUCUCAGACUGAAGUUUUUAGCCAGCAUGGACGUAGCUACUUUGGGGUAUAAAAUCAACUGUUUUGUUACAGGCAAAAUUAUGGUGUGGUGUGAAUGCUGUGGAGUCAGUCUGAAGGUUUUGUUUUCUGUAUUUUAUCAUUAUUAAUGGAAUAUUUGCAAUACCUGUUUUUUAAUUUGAAAGCAUAAACUUUUCUAUUGUUCAAAGACUUGUUUUGAUGACUUGACCCUUAAACAGUGUUGAGUACUAAAUUGAAAACUGCAUCAUCUGAUUUUUUUAUAUUUUAGAGAACAAAAUAACAUUAAUUUAAUCUGGAAAGUUCAUAUCAGUUGGUAUGUCUAUCUUGGUAGCAGUAGUGACACAAAAUUAGUUUCAAUAAUUCCUGUGUGGUUGGGAAUCAUUGAUCAAGAAAGUGAAAGAAGAAAAAUAACCUCAAUCCUCAGUAGGAAUUAGAUUAUUUAGGUGAAUUUAUAGGUCACCUAUGUACGUGCUAAUGAAAAUGGGGAGAACCUUUACAAAGCAUUUUAUCUGGUAAAACUUGAAUAGAGUGGGUUUGGGAGAGCAUCCUAAUAGGAUUAAUGUAUCUUGUAAUUGCUACGUGGGAGCAAGUGAUGUGCCCCUUUCAGCACCUUAACUGUCAGUGACAGUGAGGGAACAAUAAAAACCAGUGAGAGAGCUAUGGUAGACCAAGCGGGCUGAUGGUAAAGCUGCAGGACAUGCUGCCAGUGCUCAGCCAGAGCACAGUGGAGAAGGAAGGCAACACACUGGAGGCUGGGCUGUCCCUGUGGUGGGAAGGUGUGCUCCAGCUUCAUGGAUGAGGUAUAGGUCCUGAAAUUAGCCUCCCCUUUUUUGGAUUCCAUACUCCAAAUAACCUGAUAAUAACCUGGUUUUCCAUGUAACUGCCUCCAGGUAGGAAAUGCACUGUUCAUGCUGACAUAGGUGUUUCAGUCUGCAUGGUAAAAGUUACACAUCUUACUACAAAAUAAUAAACUGGUUGGUUUCUAAUACGUCUUGGAGUUUUAUUGUGAAUCUAAAGCUCUCCCACUUCCUAUUCACACCAGAACUUGGGUGCCAGUUAAAGGGCUGGGGUCCAGACCUCUGAGUUCACUACAGAGCCUUCUUGGGCUUGGCCAUACCUUGUUUCUUGGUGCCUUUUCCAGGCAAUAGUCCAGCCAGUGUGUAGUCUAAAUUGGGGUUGGCAAAAUGGCCUAUGGGCCAGAUCUAGCCCACAGCUUGUGUAUUACUUAAAGGGCUUAAAAAAAAAAAAAAAGAAUAUGACAAACUUCAUGUGACCCACAAAACCUACGAUAUUUACUAUCUGGCCCUUUACAGACAAAGUUUGCUACCCCUUGGUAUACAUCAGUGAUUUCAUAACAUUGGUUGAAAAUUCGAAUCAUCUGGGUACUUCUAAAAACUACUGAUAUCCAGGGGCCCAUCCCCUGACUGGUUGAGUCAGAUACUGGUGUUCUCUGGGCCUUUUAGCUCCCAGGUGAUUCUAACAAGCAACCAGUGUUGAAAUCCACUGAUGUAAGAGUAUCUGAAAAAUAUAUUUUUCUUUCCUCUCAUGGUUCCAUUAACAAUGUCCUUGUUAAGUCUAUAUAAAUAUCUUAAAUAUAAUUUACAUGCAUUAACUUUUCUACUUAGGUGAAUAAUGGGUAUGUGUACUGCUUAUUGUUUAAAGCUAUGGCUUAUUUUUUCUUUGCAUUUUAUAAACACCUUUCCUAGUCUUCUUUACUUUUUAAACUUAACAGAACUCUUUCCCCUUAGGCCUGAACCUGCUGCAUAUAUGCAGUGAAAGUGGUAACGCAAAUGAGGCAGUUUAGCAAAUUGUCUAACAGCAUUUACUAGGAAAUUACUUAACAUCUUUGAGUUGGCUUUCUCAUACUUAAAAUGAGAGUAUUUUCUCGUCUCAUCUGUAAAAUCUUGACUACUCUGAAGGGUUGUAAGGACUGAGAAUUUAGAGCAUUUAGCACGGUCCCUGGCACGUUGUAAGCACUCUGUGACUAUCACUUGUCGCUUGGAUAAUAAAAGAAGAUUUUGGAAAUGA